CGUCACUCGCGCGCCAGCGUUUCGCGGACGCAGCAGCCAUGGCGGACGUUAUGAAUGUUGGAGUGAAUUUAGAAGCGUUUUCUCAAGCGAUUAAUGCCAUCCAGGCUCUUCGAUCGAGCGUCACCAGGGUGUUCGAUUCUCUUAAAGAUGGGAUGAAAAAUAAGGAGACUCUUGAAGGGCGGGAGAAAGUGUUUAUAACUGAAUUCCAAGAUAACUUGCAGUCAGUCAAUCGCGAUUUAAAUGAAUUGGAGCGUCUCAGUACUUUGGUUGGCAGGCCGUCAGAGAGUCAUCCCUUACACAACAGUGGACUGCUCAGUUUAGACCCCGUUCAGGACAAAACACCUCUCUACAGCCAGCUGCUCCAGGCUUACAAAUGGUCCAAUAAAUUACAGUACCAUGCAGGUCUGGCCUCCAGUCUUCUAAACCAACAGUCACUCAAACGCUCAGCCAAUCAGAUGGGAACAUCUGCCAAAAGAAGACCCAAAGUCCAGCCCAGCACACUCGCCCUUCCAACACAGUAUGUUGAUGAUGUCAUAUCUAGAAUCGGACGGAUGUUUCCAGAUAUGUCAAUCGAGCUUUUCCGGCCAAACGGGACAUCUGCAGUUCUGUUGGUCACCCUGGGGAAGGUUUUGAAAGCCAUCGUGGUAAUGAGGAGCCUUUUUAUUGACCGCACGAUUGUCAGAGGCUAUCAUGAGAACGUAUACUCGGAGGACGGAAAGCUUGACAUCUGGUCAAAGUCCAACUAUCAGGCAUUUCAAAAGGUCACUGAUCAUGCAACCACGGCGCUCCUGCAUUACCAGCUCCCCCAGAUGCCUGAUGUUGUAGUUCGCUCCUUCAUGACCUGGUUGAGGAGCUACAUCAAGCUCUUCCAGACCCCGUGUCAACGCUGUGGCAAGUACCUGCAGGAGGGCCUUCCUCCAACAUGGAGGGACUUCCGAACUCUGGAGGCCUUCCAUGACACCUGCAGGCAGUGACGCUGUCCCGGAUCACACAGUAUUCCAUGGCUUGGCUUGAACAACUCCAAGAUUCUGUUUCUAGCUCUGUGUUUUUGCAAAAAUCUGUGUUGCGGACAGUUAAUCAUGAGGACAUUUUACAGCCUAUUGAUUUCCACAGCUUUGCUACAUCCUCUUUUAGAAGAACAUUAUUCUCCGGAUAGAUCUCAUAUAAUGUUUUUUUUUUUUUUUUUUUUUUAUCACAUUUGAAAGGAGAAAAUGUAAAAUGCUUAUGGAUUUCAGAAUGUAAAUAUCUAGAAUGUUGCCUUUCACAAAUAAGUCGUAAUCUUUAAUAUUACGCUCUGUAGUUGGAUGAAAAUUGUCCAUUUUUGACUUUUAAAUAAACAGUUUUUCUUUUU